AUAAAAUACUUGCAUACAUAUACGCGUACAUAUCGAUUAAUUAUAGAAAUUGGUAUUUGGACGUUUUUUUUAAACGGUCUGUUUUCGCUGAAUCAUUUCGUUUGGAACUAUUACUUAAGCUUAACAAGCAACAAUGGGAAUUCCUUGUAAGUCAUUUAAAUGUUUAAUUACAGUUCGCUCUAUCGGUUCAUUAUCACUCAUAGAGCUAUCUCUCAAAAAAUACAUAACGAUCGGCACGACUGCCUGAGUCAUAUCUGAAGUAACUUUGAACUUUAGACAUUUGGCUGAACAUUAAAUUCGCUGGGAUUGUAACGCGUAUCAUGUAGCUUCAUAGUCUUAUUUGAAAUGCAAUAAGCAAGAAUCGCAUACAAGAACGAGUUUGCCGCGGAACACGCUGAUCAAUGAUUUUCCGCGGAUUGGUUUUAUUUACAAAUAUAUGCAUCUACUGCCAACGUUCAUCGGUCUCGUUUGACAAUAAAAGCGACUUAACGACAAUUAACGAUACGUAACAAUUCACAAUGUACAAUAAACGCACGAAAAAAUUGUGAUACAUUUGAUAAAUCCAUGUAUACAUUAACUUUUAAGAAUUAGUACAACACUUUGUAAAAAGAUAAAAAAAAUGACACAAGACAAUGUAAUCGAGUGGAUCCAAGACGACGUCUCUAAAUGGCUGACUGAAACUGGUCAUGAUAAAUUUGUAGACCUCUUUCUGGAUCACGAGAUAGAUGGAAAAGUACUCCUGACAUUAAAGGAAGAAGACCUCAAACAGAUGUGCACGAGCCUUCAAAAGAUCGGUGAUAUCAAGAGGCUAUACAUUAGUCUAAAGCAAUUGCAAAGAGAUAAUAUGGCAGUAUUAUUUGAGUUGGGAUACAUAGAUAUAUUUCCAUCGUCGAAUUUUUAUAGUCACCACAAGCACGAAAUUCCAGUUAGCGGUACAAUAAAUAAUGAGGGAUCCAUAGAACAUGAAUAUUACUCAGCUUCCGUUUCUGAAGACGGUCACGCGUCUCACUUGCCGCCGGAGAUUUGGAAAGCCUUCAUAAGUUUAGCCUACUUGUUCAUUGUAACCUGGAUCACGGCGUUCGUUAUGGUGAUAGUCCAUGACCGGGUACCGGACAUGAAAAAGUAUCCGCCGUUACCGGACAUAUUCUUGGACAAUGUACCUCACAUACCAUGGGCCUUCGAUAUGUGCGAAGUAACGGGCACGAUACUGUUCGCUAUUUGGCUCGCUGUCUUGAUAUUUCACAAAUACAGAUUUAUUUUAUUACGACGGUUUUUCGCUCUAUCCGGUACAGUCUUCCUUUUAAGGUGCGUCACGAUGCUUAUCACUUCCUUAUCGGUGCCGGGAGCGCACUUGCAGUGUCAGCCGAGACCGGUUUCCGAAGAUUGGACUAGUUCUACGUACAUGGAUCUGUACAAUAAAAUCGCAAUGGCUUACGUUAUAUGGCGAGGUGCUGGCAUGUCUAUUCAAGGUGUCAGAACUUGCGGUGACUAUAUGUUCAGCGGUCACACCGUGGCUUUGACCAUGUUAAAUUUCUUCAUUACCGAAUAUACUCCUAGGCAUUUGUAUUUUCUGCACACGUUUACAUGGAUGCUCAACAUGUUCGGCAUAUUCUUCAUCCUUGCUGCGCACGAACACUACUCCAUCGACGUAUUCGUGGCUUUCUACAUUACAUCCCGUUUAUUCCUUUAUUAUCAUACUCUGGCCAACAAUCAAGCGCUGAUGCAACGAGAUUCGAACAGAACUCGGAUCUGGUUCCCGUUGUUCAGUUUCUUCGAAUCUUCCGUGGACGGAAUCGUGCCGAACGAGUAUGAAUCGCCAUCCUCGAUCGUUUGUAACUUGAUCGGCACCGGGAAGGACAUUUGGAACCUGGUGCGAUCUUCCAUUUGUUUUCGUAAAUCGUGGAGAAACAGUUUCAACGGAAACGUGAAGAAGAACAGCACAAAGGAACACUAGCCAAUUUUUCUUAUCCAGUUCUUCCCUUCCUUCCUUUCUAUCCACCUUCUUUUAAUUUUUUCAGUUUUAUAUUUAUUUUUAUCGAUGAUACGGUCGAUGGCCGAAAGAAAGUUUAAAAUUGCAACCGUCGCUCUCGAAUUAUUGUUCAUUGAUGAGUAAACUAAUAAUAAAAAUAGGAAAAUUUUAAACCGAAAAAUGAUUCGUUUGAAAUGAUCGUCUGAUAACGGAUUGCAAAAUGAAUGUAAGAUCUCGAAGGACAUUUUAAACUUUCUAUCGAGUCCGUACUGUACGUACUACCUCUGGCAGAAAGUUCUGUCAAUUAAACGAUACGACUAUUCGUUUGAUUGACGACAAAUUAACAUUUGUACAUAAGAUCAUUGUCUCCAUUUUUUCGACCAUUUUUUAUACAUAAUAUAUCCAGUUAUUUAGGUUGAUAAGAGUUAUCUUUUGAUAUCGCUCUACUAAUUGCGAACGAUUUUUUUAUAUUUUUCUCUUCUACAUACAUAAAUUAGUAGAUUCGUUUACGUUCUUCGACACGCAUAAGCGUAAUUAAACAAAUGUAAUUAUAUAAUACUACAAUUACGGUAUAAUUGCAAAGUAUCCGACUACCAAAAGAACCUUUUGUAAAUAACUUGUUUAAGAUUGUAUGUAUUUAUUAGAUGAUAAAUUCGGAGGGUGCUAAGUUUGUCUCAAAUAAAAGUGUAUACGCGUACACGUACGACAGUUUA